CCUCAACAUCGUAAGAAUAAUAAUAAUAAUGUCCGCGGAUGUGGAACCCGGUUUUCCUGCCCACGGAACCAUGGAGGCCCUUUUAGAUAAACUGAAGCUGCUGAAUUACGAAGCGGAGUUCUUCAGGGAGACGAAAAUGAAGCCCAUUCAUAGAUACUAUUUUGUGGUGACUAAAAACCCAGGAGAACAGUUUUAUUUAUUUGCGCUGUUGGCGGCGUAUCUGAUUAAAAAAAUUGGAAUCAAUUUUCAAAAACCGCAAGAGGAUGACGACCCGAAUGAUACGAUUGAGAAGAUUCUGCAAGUAGUUCGAGAAAAUGAAAUCGCAGUAAAUUUCCCCGCAAAUAAGCUCAAACAAGGGGUUGGCGAACACGUCGUCUACAUCUUGGACAGUCUAGCGGACAAAGCUCUCGAGAAAAACUUCAUCUGGCAAAAACCUCUGGCUCCAGAAGAAAAGCAAGAAGAAACCGAAGUAAUCAACGACGAAUCCGAAAUCAAUCUAGACCGUGUGGAAGAGGAAAUGAUGGCCGCUUAUACCGACGAUUCGGACGAAGAAAACCUCUUCCUCCUCGACAACGUGAAGAUAAGCCGCAAAGAGCCGCAGAUGACCGAAAUCAAAAUGAACGUGAACGAAGAAACGUGGAAACUGGAACUCGAGCGGGUUUUACCCCAUUUGAAAAUCACAAUUAAAAAUGAAAACAGAGACUGGCGCACCCAUUUAGACCAAAUGAAACAGUACAAAAGUAGCGUGGAUUCUUCACUAGGUGUGGUAAAAAAUCAAUUGCAGAAGUUACAUAAGGAGAUAAGUACGACGUUGGAUAAAGUGGGAAACCGCGAGAAGUAUCUGAACAAGGAGUUGGAGAAUAUUUUAGAUGAGUACAGGAUGCUGCAGGAUCAGCUUUCCAAAAUUAAGGAUGCUUAUAAGGGGAUUAGCGAAGGGGUUGCCGAAAGGAACAGGGAGUUGUUUAGGUUGACUGAUCGGCUGGAAACCGUCAAGCAACAGAUGGAGGAAAGAGGGAGUUCUAUGACGGAUGGGACUCCACUGGUUAAUAUAAAAAAAUACAUGGGGAAAGUUAAAACCGAAAUAAUUAAUAUGGACGUGCGCAUUGGAAUUUUGGAAUGCAUUUUAUUACAGUCAAAGAUCCGAGAUGAGAAAAACUUGGAAAACGAAUUCGGACAGACUAUAUCAGUUUUCUAAACAAAAAUCAAUAUUAUUUGUCCUGUACUGUUGUAUUAAAUUGUAAAGUAAAGUGUGACCAUAGAUUAAUAUAGAUGCGACA